CAACCUGCGCGGCGGCCGCCCCUGUAGGCGCCACCGCCGGAGCCGGGAGCUCCAUGGGCUUCUCCUGUGCGCCGCCGGGUGUCUGGCCGAGUCCAGGGAGCCGCGGCGCCUCGUGCCCGGGAGCCAUCGCUGCGGCCCGAGGCCGGGUCCCAGGUCGGGGACUGCAGGGGGAGGCGACGGCGGCUGCGGCGGGAGCCUCACUAGGGGCCUGGGACUGGGGAACUGCCUCCGACUUCACGAUGCCAGUAUGGACAGAAUAGCUUAUGAUGCUUAUCCCCACCCACCACUUCCGAGACAUUGAGCGGAAGCCAGAAUACCUCCAGCCGGAGAAGUGCGCCCCACCUCCCUACCCGGGUCCUGCGGGAACCAUGUGGUUUAUCCGCGAUGGCUGCGGCAUCGCCUGUGCCAUUGUCACCUGGUUUCUGGUCCUCUAUGCGGAGUUUGUGGUCCUCUUUGUCAUGCUGAUUCCAUCCCGAGACUACGUAUACAGCAUCAUCAAUGGAAUUCUGUUCAACCUGCUGGCCUUCUUGGCCCUGGCCUCCCACUGCCGGGCCAUGCUGACGGACCCCGGGGCAGUGCCCAAAGGAAAUGCCACUAAAGAAUUCAUCGAGAGUUUACAACUGAAGCCCGGCCAGGUGGUGUACAAGUGUCCCAAGUGCUGCAGCAUCAAGCCCGACCGAGCGCAUCACUGCAGUGUGUGUAAGCGGUGCAUUCGGAAGAUGGACCACCACUGCCCCUGGGUCAAUAACUGUGUGGGCGAGAACAACCAGAAGUACUUCGUCCUGUUUACAAUGUACAUAGCUCUCAUCUCCCUGCACGCCCUCAUCAUGGUGGGGUUCCACUUCCUACAUUGCUUCGAAGAAGAUUGGACAAGGUCCACCCUCAAUUUAUUAGAUCUCUUGCAAGCCCACGGACUGACCGGGGAAGGAACAGCAGAGGCCCGAAUCUUUCAGGAGAAAGCGCAGCCCCUUAAAGUCAGUUCCACAGAGUGCAGCUACUUCUCGCCGCCCACCACGGUGAUCCUCCUCAUCCUGCUGUGCUUCGAGGGGCUGCUCUUCCUCAUUUUCACGUCGGUGAUGUUCGGAACCCAGGUGCACUCCAUCUGCACGGACGAGACGGGAAUAGAGCAAUUGAAAAAGGAAGAGAGAAGAUGGGCUAAAAAAACAAAAUGGAUGAACCUGAAAGCCGUUUUCGGCCACCCCUUCUCUCUAGGCUGGGCCAGCCCCUUUGCCACGCCAGACCAAGGGAAGGCAGACCCGUCCCAGUACGUGGUCUGAAGGACCCCUGGCAGAUUGCCACUCAGACACACACAUCCCAGCACCGCGGCCCGUUCUCACGAACAUUCAAACGAGAAAGCAAAACAACUACUCCAAAACUUUUUUAUGACUCAAGUAAAAUGGCUGAGCAUUGCAGAGAAAAAUGUCCCCAUGUUUUAUUUUUAAAAGAUCAUCCUUUCUAUUUUUUGGCAACCGAAGCUGCUCCUUUCUCCUUUCAAAAACCACCUCUCUGGCCUCUGGUUUCCUCUCUGCUCUCUGUCUGGCAUGACUAACGUGGACGGUGCUGUCUCGGGGCCGUGCCCGCUCCUACUAACUGAGACGUGACGCUGGUGCGUGGAAGGUGCAUGGAAGGACCGUUCCGACGCCUGGCUGGGGAGGCAGAGGCGGGCGUGGCCUGGUCCAACAGGCAGAGUGGCGGGGGACCCCAUGCAACUGAAACACUCACGGAAGAUGGAUGCUUACCCUUGUGGCCUAGAGGGGCAGGAUCAGGGCUGGAGCCCUAAGAAGGGCCCUGGCACAGCAGCCUCAUCCCCCACGUGGACUCGGUUUGCCUCCUAACCCACAAAAUCAAUUGCCUGAUUUGUACUUGAUGGACUCGGGGUGUGGAAUGAUGGGGGCGGGGCAGGGACGUAAGGGGUCUUAUAUGUAUUCUGAAUCACCAGUUCUAUUCCCUCUGAUUAUUUGAAAGAGUGUGAAGGAAAGAGGUCUUUCCAGUUCAAAAUGCCUUACACAAUCAAAGGAAAAAUGUGACAGUUCCGAGCGAGCUCCAUGUUCCCGUUAGUCAGCUUACUCUCCCUCCCCCCGAACGAGGCAGCUGCAGCCCGGCCAUCAACCCUUUCUUCCUCCUGUUGUAAGUCGCCAAAGGGGUUUACUUCCUGGUGUUUAGACCCAUCAAUGUGCACGGACCCACAUCCGGUCUGUAUUCUAACCUGGGAGACUGUCGCCCCGGCCUGGGGCUAACCAUGAUGCAAGGGAGACAUUCCAGUCCCGACUUCGAGGUUGGUAGGUGGCCAUGCAGUCACUGGAGUCAGCAGGCACACCUGAGCCAGGUGCUGGGCGGGGCAGCCUGCCUGGGAGCCCCUCCUGUUCCAUCUUCAAGAGAACGGCCUGAGGAGGGCUGGUGAGGAGACCGUGCUGGCCAACCGAAAACUCACAGGAGUCUGAAUACUGAUCAUCUGGAUUCUCACACACGGAUUUGUUUUUUAAGCAAUUGCCACAAGCCUUUUUAGCUCUUGCUUGGGGUGGGGGUAGGGGAUAAGGGUUAUUAAGUCCAGUCGUGGGUAGGGAGACUGGAUCUGGCCAGGUGGUUUCUCAGAGAAGUGUAACAAGCCGUCUCUUUCAAUCCUGUCAGUGCUUCCACCUGGAAACCAAAUGCAAUAAACAUUUU